GAUUACGAGUCAUACAAAAAUAUGAUUGCAAUUUUAAUUUCCUUCGCGAUUUUUACUUCAGUAUUUUCCGAUGAAAAUAUUUUGUGUACAACCAAAAGUUGCAAGGACGUAGUUUGUCCAAAGUUGUCUGAAAAAUGCAAAGCUCAAAACGCCACACACAAUGGAGUAUUUUUAUUAUCGCCAAUCACUUGUAAUUGCUGCGAAUUCUGCUUGGAUAAUUUAAACGAAGGAGAAGAGUGUUCAAAAGGUGAUGUUACCGAUCCUGUCCCAAAAGAAGUUUGUGGACCGGGACUGGUUUGCAAGACGAAUAAUAAAGAUUCUACUGAUGGAGUAUGUGCAAAAAUGGAAACUGCUUGCACAAAUCUCCAAAAAUCGUAUGACGAAAGAGGAAUCAAUGGCACUGCAGGAACGCUGGAGGUGAGACAGGAUUGCACUAGUGAAGGAGAAUUCGUUCCAUAUAAAUGCAUACCAGGUCAAACGUGCUAUUGCGUAAACGCUACAGGACAUCGCAUCUUUGGGGAAAUGGAUUUCACUCCAUUGGCCGAUGACCUACUAAAAUGCAAAUGUUCCAGGGAUUACACAGGCAUUGCCGUUGUUCUAGGCAGAAACGAGAAUGCUACUUUAGAGCCUUUAGAGCAUUUUCGUUGCACUGCGAACGGUGACUAUGAUUCUGUUCAAUGCAUCAAUGAUAAAUGCUUCUGCGUUGAUGAAUACGACGGUGCCCCUACCUAUCCCAACGAUAAACUUGUUAAUAUCACAGACAUAUCGAAGUCAACAUUAAAAUGCUAUAAAAACAAGAAGGCCGGAGUGUUCUAUAAGGAUUGUGAAAAUGAAUACAUCGAUGUCCUCAAAAUGUACAAUAAAUUUAAGAAAAACGAUUACAAAAAACUAUACGGUUUCAAAUUUCCGAAAUGCGACCUGGAUGGAACUUACCAGGCUGUGCAAGAAAACAGCACACACAAGUAUUGCGUUGAUAAAGAAGGACAUGUACUAACAUCAGCAGUAGUUGAUAAAGGAAAAGAUUCAGAUUUAGCAAAAUCAAUGGAUUGCAAAUGCGCUAGGGCUAGGCUGAUAAUCACCGGAGAAGACAAGCCGGAAUGUAUGGAAAACGGAAACUACGCUCAGGUUCAGUGCAGAAAGGGCCGUUGCAGAUGCGUGGACAGUGAUGGUAAUCAAGUCUGCGAUGAUGUUAAUUGCGAAGUUGAUGAGAAAAACAGCCCGCCAACGUGCCCAGAUCCUGAUAGUUCAUCUUGA